AUGGAUCAAUCGGAUCCAAACAAUAAUAAUCAAGAUGAUUAUUACGAUAAUGAUUAUAAUAGUGUGAAUGAUGAGGUACAGGAUGAUUUCCUUGAGGAAGUACCUCCAGGCACACUAAUGACGACCAACGAAUAUGGAGAUAUUUCCAUCGAGAUUCCACCACCAAAUCGUGUACCCACACUCAAUUCACUUGGCUAUAUAUCACCAAACAACAAUAACAACAACAAUUCUGUACCAAUGCUUACGGUGGAACCAGCUGAACCACCUCAAAUGCCAUACCACCAUCCACUGCCAAUAUUUAUAUCGACCGACAGUUCACCACUUACUCCACGAACUCCGCGCACUCCACGAACUCCUCGCACUCCUCGAACUCCACUCUCUGAUUCCAGUAGCGUCGGAGGUGGUGGCGGCGGUGGCGAUGGUGAAAAUCCAAAUGGCGGCGCGUCGACACCACAACGCAAAAAGUCUGCCAACAAUCUCACCGAGAAGGAACUGAAAAAAGAGGAGAAGCGUAACAAGCUAAAGAAAGAAAUGGAAGAGUCGCAAACUAUUCCAUUUUUCCAGUUGUAUCGUUUCGCUGACGGUUGGGACAAGUUGCUGAUGUUCUUUGGAAGCAUAGCGGCGAUCGCCAAUGGUGCAGCCAUCCCUUGCAUCUCUAUUAUUUUCGGUCAGGUCAUAGAAGCAUUCAAUCCGAAACAUUUCAACAACGAUCCAAACUACUCGAUCAUCGACACCAUUAAAAACGUCAGUAUUUGGUUCUUGAUAGUCGGUGGAAUCUGUUUUAUCCUCUCCUACUUGGAGACUGCACUUUGGACAAUCGCAGGUGAACGUCAAACCAAUAGAGCACGUGUUGAAUAUCUAUCAUCAAUUCUCAGGCAAGAAAUAGGUUGGUUCGAUACAAACAAAGCAAAUGAAUUAGCAUCUCGUAUUAAUUCUGAUACUGUUUUAUUCCAAGAUGCAAUAGGUGAAAAGGUUGGACAUUUCCUUCAUAAUUUAGCAACGUUUGUGGCUGGUUUUGCAAUUGGUUUUACAAAGGGUUGGCAGUUGACGCUGGUUAUUACGUCGGUUUCACCGCUGCUGGCAAUAGGUGGUGGUUUCAUGGCGAAAAUGAUGACGGAAAUGGCUAGGUUGGGUCAGGAGGCGUAUUCAGUUGCCGGUGGUAUAGCUGAAGAGAAUAUCGGUAGUAUUCGUACGGUUGCAACUUUCAGUGGUGAGGUGAGAGCAGUUCAUCGAUACUCGGAAUCUCUGAAGCAAGCGCUGAGAGUCGGUUAUAAAAAGUCGAUUUUCAAUGGAUUUGGUUUGGGAUUCGUUCAGUUUGUUAUCCUCGGUACAUACGCCCUGGCGUUUUGGUAUGGAAGUACACUCGUUUCCAAAGGAACCCGAAACGAUCUCACUUCGAAACCCUGGACUGGCGGUGAUGUCGUGUCGGUCUUCUUUGCUGUUAUCAUUGGUGCCACUGCUAUUGGACAAGCGUCACCUGCACUGGCAUCAUUCGCCAAUGGUAGAGGCGCAGCUUUUAAAAUCUUCCAGGUAAUUGACCGUGUUUCCAAAGCGAAUCCAUUCAGCACUCGUGGAAAACGAUUGGAUCGUCUCUCUGGAGAAAUCGAAUUUAGAAACGUUGGAUUCACAUACCCAUCGCGUCCAGACGUCCCUAUCUUUAGAGAUUUCAAUUUGACUAUCAAGCCUGGACAAACGAUUGGUUUGGUUGGUGAUUCCGGUGGUGGAAAAUCCACUGUAAUUUCGCUGUUGGAGCGAUUCUACGAUCCGCAAGAAGGACAGAUUCUUCUGGAUGGCGAAGAUAUCCGACGUCUCAAUGUGAGAGCACUGCGUCAAAAGAUUGGUCUUGUCAGUCAGGAGCCGGUGUUGUUCGCCACAUCGAUAGCUGAGAACAUUCGUUAUGGAAAGGACGAUGCCACUCAGGAGGAGAUUGAACACGCUGCCAAACUAGCGAAUGCACAUUCAUUCAUCCAGAAUCUUCCACAGGGUUACAGCACGAUGGUCGGUGAGAAAGGAGUGCAGAUGUCCGGUGGACAGAAACAACGUAUUGCCAUUGCGAGAGCUAUCAUUAAGAACCCGAGUAUUCUACUGUUGGACGAAGCUACCAGUGCACUCGACAGUGAGAACGAACGUAUCGUACAGGAAGCAAUCGAUAUUCUCAUGAAGGGUAGAACAACGAUUUUAAUUGCUCACAGACUAUCGACGAUUCGUGAUGCCGAUGUCAUUGUUUUCGUUAAGCACGGUUCCGUUGUGGAGCGUGGCAGUCACGAAGAGUUGAUGGCACGCCAAGGACACUACUUCAGACUCGUAGAGAAGCAGAAUCAACAGCAACUUCAAAUGGUUAUGGAAACCGGUAGAAGUCGUCGUAGUAGCACAUUCUCCGAUGUCAAUCCACUGCUCGACAGUUUCCGUCCAACAAAGAAACGUGCCAAUCGCGAGAAGAAAGACGGAACUCUCACCAUUAGAAGAAAGAAGAAGGCAAAGAAGACUGCCGGUCCAAAGGACGUACCGUUCUCACGUGUCAUUGGAUACAGUCGUCCUGAAUUCUGGCUAUUCUUCUUUGGAUUCCUCUCUGCAGUUGGAACCGGUGCUAUCUACCCUGCAUUCUCGAUUGUAUUCACAAAGAUGUUGACGAUCCUUCAGAACUCCGACCCCAACUACAUCACCAAGGAAGCGAAUUUCAUCUCGCUGAUGUUUGUUGUGCUGGCAGUUGGCAGUGGUGUAAGCAACUUUUUCCAAACCUUCUUAUUCGGUGUCAUAGGUGAGAAGCUUACUUUCCGUCUGCGUGUCGACAGUUUCAAAGCGAUCAUGAGACAAUCGAUUGGUUGGUUCGAUCUCUCUGAGAAUUCAACGGGCAAGUUGACAACGAGUUUGGCAUCGGACGCAUCGCUGGUACAAGGUAUGACAAGUCAACGUCUUGGUUUUUCAUCGGAGGGAAUGGAGGGAAGCGGUGCCGCUGGACAAGUAGCAAGCGAGGCGAUCACCGGUAUUCGAACCGUCGCGUCUUUCACCACUGAAAAUCAAGUGUUGGCACUCUACAAGAAACAACUGAAGAUACCCAUUAGCAACGGUAUUAAAAAGGCACAUAUCGCUGGAUUGGCAUUUGGAAUAUCGACGUUUAUCAUCUUUGGUGUAUAUUGUCUAUCGUUUUGGUACGGUGGUUACUUGGUUGGCCAAAGAGAAUGGCCAGCAACCGACGAGGAAAUCGCUUCGAAUUGCAAUGCCCAGACCAUUCCACUCUACUGGAAAGAUAUGGCGACUUGUACACGUGCUCAAGACAUGCUCUUUGGAUUCUCUUCGUUGAUGAAAGUAUUCUUUGCAAUCGUGCUGUCUGCCAUCGGUGUUGGACAAGCAUCUUCACUGGCACCGGAUAUCGCCAAAGCAAAGUCCGCCACCAACGCAAUCUUUGCGCUGCUCGACCAACAAUCUGCCAUCGACCCAACGCAAUCGGGUGGUGAAACCAUUCAAGUUCCAACCGGUGAUAUCGAGCUGAAGAAUGUCCACUUUGCCUAUCCUUCACGUCCAAACAACAUGGUAUUCAGAGGUUUCAAUAUCUUGAUUUCCAGUGGAACGACUACAGCGUUUGUCGGAGACUCUGGAGGUGGAAAGAGUACGGUCAUCUCGCUGCUACAGAGAUUCUACAAUCCAUCGCAAGGUGAAAUAUUUAUCGAUGGUCAUAACAUUCGCAAUUUGAAUGUCAAACAUCUUCGUUCACUGUUUGGUAUGGUCGGCCAAGAGCCAAUCAUGUUUUCUGGAACCGUCGCUGAGAAUAUUGCAUAUGGAAAGGUCGAUGCCACUCAAGAGGAAAUUGAAAAUGCUGCAAGACUUGCCAAUGCUCAUGGAUUUAUCAGUGAAUUCCCCGAUGGCUAUAAUACUCAUGUCGGUGACAAAUAUACACAGCUCUCGGGUGGACAAAAACAACGUUUGGCAAUCGCUCGUGCCAUCAUUAGAGAUCCAAAGAUUCUGCUACUGGACGAAGCAACCAGUGCUCUCGAUAACGAAUCUGAAAAACUGGUUCAAGAAGCGCUCGAGAAUGUAAUGAAAGGUAGAACAACAUUGGUGAUAGCUCAUAGAUUAUCGACCAUCCAGAAUGCUGAUCUCAUUGCCUUUGUCCGCGCAGGACAAAUCGUAGAAAGAGGAACUCAUGAAGAAUUAAUGGAAUUAGAUGGUCUAUAUGCUCAAUUAAUUAAUAGACAGAAUCUAAAUAAAUAG